AUGUCUUCCGUUUCAAGCCAGCCACAGUUUCGUUACACGCAGCCUCCUUCUAAGGUUCUUCAUUUGAGAAACUUGCCUUGGGAAUGCACAGAGGAUGAGUUAAUCGAACUCGGGAAGCCCUUUGGUACAGUUGUAAAUACAAAGUGCAAUGUUGGAGCCAAUCGAAAUCAAGCUUUCAUUGAGUUUGAAGACUUGAACCAAGCUAUUCAAAUGAUUUCUUACUACGCUUCUUCGUCGGAGCCUGCUCAAGUUCGAGGUAAAACUGUCUACCUCCAGUACUCCAACAGGCAAGAGAUAGUGAACAACAAAACGACAGCAGAUGUUGUGGGAAAUGUUCUUCUGGUGACAGUCGAAGGAGAAGAUGCUCGCAUGGUCAGCAUCGACGUCUUGCAUCUGGUAUUCUCAGCCUUUGGUUUUGUCCACAAGAUUACCACUUUCGAGAAGACAGCUGGAUAUCAGGCACUGGUUCAAUAUUCUGACGCAGAAACUGCGACCGCAGCUAAAACUGCCCUCGAUGGAAGAAGCAUCCCUAGGUAUCUACUCCCUGAGGAAGUGGACCAAUGCUCUCUGAAAAUCACAUAUUCUGCUCAUACAGAUUUGACUGUCAAAUUUCAGAGCCAUCGGAGCAGGGACUAUACUAAUGCAUUCCUUCCUGUUGCUCCAUCAGCCAUUGAUAGUACUGGUCAGGUGGCUGUGGGUAUAGACGGGAAGAAGAUGGAGCCUGAAAGUAAUGUUCUUCUAGCAUCCAUCGAGAACAUGCAGUAUGCAGUAACCUUGGAUGUUUUACACAUGGUUUUUGCGGCUUUUGGUGCUGUUCAGAAGAUUGCAAUGUUUGACAAGAAUGGUGGGCUACAGGCUUUGAUUCAAUACCCAGAUGUUCAAACGGCUGUGGUGGCGAAGGGAGCUUUGGAAGGACAUUGUAUUUAUGAUGGUGGAUUUUGUAAGCUACACAUCACUUACUCACGCCACGCCGACCUCACCAUUAAGGCGAACAAUGAUAGAAGCAGAGACUACACAAUGCCUAACCCGGCUGUUCCAAUGGCUCAACAGCCCGGUCAGAAUCCUUACGCCGGCAAUUCACAGCAAUACCACGCAGCAGGUGCGAGCCACCACCACCACCAACAGCAGCAGCAGCCACAAGGUGGAUGGGCCCAGUCAGGAGGAGGGCAAGGUCACAACCCCUACAUGGCACCACCGUCUUCUGGGUCAAUGCAUCAAGGUCCUGGUGGUCAUAUGCCUCCACAUUAUGGUGGUCCUGGUCCAAUGCACUAG